AUGCCAUCAGCCCAUCACUUUCUUCCGGAAUCUUAUCCUCUCCUCUCAUCCACUUGUGAUGCACUAGAUGGAGGUUGGAUGCAGAUUGGUGUGGCCGUCAUUGAUACCCACCUGCACACAUUAUCUGUGACAGCUCAAAUAUGGAUAAAUCUUCUUACCCCAGCCACCAUCUCAUGCCGCUGCUUCGACGAUUUUGAUGACACCAAAGUAACAUUUGUGUCUUUCCGCUAUCAGUCACUCUUUGCUAACGCUACUUACAGCAGCUCAAAUCUGGAGAAAUAUUCUCACCCCAGCCACCAUCUCACACCUGCUGACUUCGACGACUUUGGCGAUUUCGAUGACACCAACAACAGCAAUAAUGACAGCAUCACAGGGAAAACCAUCAGCGAGUCCCUGCAAAAUGUUCAAAAGAGCCCUAAAAAGUGCUCGUUUGUCAUGUCAAAUGGUAAUACAAAGUCGAAGACUGAUGUACCAUCAAAGAAAGUCAAGGCAUAUUACCCCGACCCAAUGCAAUGUGAAGCCAAGGACCAGCAUUUUUGGUGUCUAGGCAAAGGUUGUGAUUAUAGCCUUGGUUAUCCACAAAACCUCGCCUGUUGCCUCAAACAUGCAGCCACUUGCAGUAAAGUGGAUGAUUCACUUCGUCAGGCUGCAAGUCAAUACUUGGGUGGUGAAAGUGUUAGUGCGAAGCUUGAUAUCGCUUUGAAGGCAAGUGGAUCACAGCAGCUGCAGGUGCCAGCGCCUAAUCCUGCUCUGGGGGACGAGCAGAAGGCUGAAAUUAUACCAACUAAACCUACAAUGAUUGAGCUUGACUUCGGGAAUGCAGGAUGGAAGGUCCUUGGUCUUCACAUGGACCUUGCCAUUGUCAAACUUAUCUGCACUGCAGCUCUACCACCACACAUCGCGGAUUAUAAAGAAUGGAAGGAUCUGUUUGUGAUUGCCAAUAAAUCAUACCAUCCAUCAUCGGGUUCAAUCAUCGCCGACAGCCAUAUCCCAAAGGAGGCUGCACAUGUACGCGUGCUAGUCAUUGAAUUUCUCAAUUCACACUUUAACCUGACCGUCUCAUUUGAUGGAGGAGGAACUGAAAUGCCAGCAGUCAGUGAGGAGAACUCUGAUGAGUCACACACAGGCAAGCUCCUUACUUGGAUGGUCCUGAGAGCAAUUGACCUCAUUGGACGUAAUCAUUUUGUGGGCAUCACGUCCAACAAUACAGGAAACACAAGGGUCGCUCGUCAACUUUUGUGUGCUGAUAUCAAAACUCUUAUCCAAGUUCCUGAUAUCUGCCAUCACCUCAAUCUUCUCUAUGAUCAAGAAUCUUCAAUCAAUAAUCACCUACUUCCGAAAAAUUCGCAUGCAGCCACUGAUGCUCUGAACAAAGCCCGCAAGUCACUGGAUAUCGGGCGUGGUCUGGAAGGCAUUGGAAAGACUCACUUUGCGACUGUUGUUGACUCUGGUCAUGUAAAGUUCCCAUCUCACAAAUCACACGUCACUGGCCUCCUCCUGAGCAGCUCACCUCGUUCACUUGAUUUCGAAUCUCAGGUAGCUCGCUACAUACUCAUCAUGGCUCCAAUCGCAAAGUCAAUUGCUUGUCUCGAGUCAUCACAGACUGAUUUAUCAGACAUUGGCCUGUACUACUUUGCAAUAGAAGAGGCUGGCCAGAUCCGUGCGAUCUUUAACUCUCAGUUCCGUGAAGCCCUGUCAGAGGGUUCAACUGAUGCUCCCAUCUCCACCCUCUAUUUACAUCCACGCUAUGUUCACAGCAAAAUAUUUCAGAAGAACCUAAACCCACUCACCCUCACUAUUGUUCUUCCUGCAUCAAGUGCGAAGACUUUAAGUUCCAAGUCUUCCGGUCCCACCAUUCAAAACUAUGUUGUUUUUGUUCAUGUCCUCACGUUCUUGAAAGCUCUUCUUGAGGCGAAGUGGAAGGCAAAAAGAAUGCAAUUCUCAAAAAAUUACUUGGUCAUGAGGCUCAGCAACUAUUUCUUUGUCAAUUUGAAUGUUACGCAUGUGGUCAAUAUCCAUUUGAUACCCCCCUCAAAGAUGGGCAAUCAACACUAUCAUGGUGGAUGCACUUGA